AGUUUCAACGGAAGUGUUAACGUUAGCAAGAGAUUCAUCAGAAUUCCAGGAGCCCCUGUGACUUGUGGAUGUUGAGGCCCCAACCACCACCUCCAUCAGAUUAUUUCUUGCAUCGAAUCCGAAGUUCCCAAGAAUUUAUGCGAAAACGUGGCCCUCCGUGCCCCAAUAAUUCUCUCUCUGAACCUUCGCAGUCUCAUUAUCUCAUCCCUGUUGCCCACACUGUUGCUUCACAGAGACAGAUUAGCAACAAAAGAAAAUUAAUCGAUUAACCAAACCACUUUUAUUUAUUAUACUAUAUGUUUGUGUUGUCUAUAUAAGCGUGGACAAUCUAGCCGUUUCUGUGUUUGUGGAUUGAGAUACAUGAAAACUAGAUAGUUGAUAAUACUAGGAGUUCUAGUGCUGUUUUUGAUUGCACUGCAGGAUGGAGCACAAAAGAAAUGGUGAUUUGAAGGUCCGCUACGAACAGGAGCUGUUCGGCCGGCGGCGGAACCACACCUUACCGGCCUACCUUGACCUCACCAGUGAGGCCAUCAACGCCGGCCAAGCGAGGGUGCCAUUGCCGCUGAAGAGCAGUACCCCGAGCCGGCAGCGCACUUACGCUGACGGCGAGCUCGACGUGUUCUCGGCGGAGCGGUACUUCAAGGGUGCAAUGGACCACGACCGCAAGGAGGGCUCCGCCGUGCCCGUGGAGACGGUGGCGAGGUCCGCUGUUCCGGUGAGCAAGCCGGCGUGGACGUGCGCGUCGGCGGCGAGCACCGGCUCAGGGGCCAGCGCCAGCAGCCAGAGCGUGCUUCUCCGGGACGCGCGUCGCCGCCCGGGAUACAGCGGGAAGAAGUGCUGCCUGCAGGUCGGCGAGCUUCUUCGUCCGUGCUCCGGGAAGAGGGCCGUGCGCAUCGAUGACGGCGGCGCGGCGAAGGAGCCCGCCGAAUCAAGCAACAAGACGGCGGCGCGCAGAAUCGAGUGGUACGAAGACCUGAGGAUGGAGAAGGCUAACCUCGAGCGAGCAGGCGACGGCAACCGUGGUGGCGUGGUUGCUUCCGGCCCCCAACCAAAUUUGAACCUUGGCGCCGCGAAAGUGGCAGCCAUCUGGAGGGAGGAGAAGGCGGCCGAGUACAUGAGCGGGAGCUUUAGGAGAGGAAGCUUCACUCUUCAAGCUCCGGUCAAGGUCAGCGGCGGCAGAGGCGGAGGCCGCGACGACGACAAUGACAGCGGGAGCGAGUCGAGCUCGGACCUGUUCGAGAUCAAGAGUCUCAUGAUCGACGACUGCGUCUACGAGCCCAGCGAGGCGAGCAUCCAAUGGAGCGUGGUGACCGCGAGCGCCGUGGACAUGUCCGCCCCGUCGGAGCGCGGUGGAGGCUACGCCGGCGCCCGGGGGAGCGGCCGCGGAAGGGCCCCGGUGACGAUAAGGCAGAACCGGGAGCGGCCGGUGGGGCUGCUGACGGGGUGCGUCAGCCGCAGGGCCGUCAACGUGUCCGCGAUAACUUCCGUACGUCGGCUUCCAGACUCGCCGGUGCGCCGGCGCAUUGACGGGCAAUCGAAGGCGCAGAAUGCCAAUCCAUAGUCUCUUCUCUCGUGCACGAUUCGCAAUUCCAUCUUUGUUACUGCUUCACACCACAAAUUGUAAAAUUCCCCAACCAUCAAAAGUACGAGUUCAAUUAA